AUGCUACAUAGCCACAAAUGUGAAGCCUCGCAGAUGCCCCCCGUGCCGCGAGCUCUACGUCAGCUCCUGUGGUUUCUGCUAGUUUUUGUGUUGACGGUGAAGGUGCCCUUCGUUCGCAGCUUCACAUUGCAGAGGGAUCUCCAAGUGUUAGUUCACCCCUGGGGAGGUAGGAAGAAGGUCCCAGUCCCUAGGGUGGGGAGGGCUUUGCAUAGACCUAUCACCGUUUUGAAGUCUACGGAGGAACUGGACGAUUAUAAAUACUACACGGAUGAGUACAUCCCGCCGCUGCCCCCCGUGGAGACGUGGGAGGAGCUCCUGAUGAAGGAGGAAAUUAGAAACAAGGCAGAGGACGAGCAGCGGGGCGCGGACGACUACACGCUCACGCACGAGAGCAGGCAGAAGGUGUUGGAUAUCAUGCGACAGACGCGCCUAAUCAACCACUGCAACUAUGAGGCACAGAUGAACAAAGAGAAGAACGUGCUGUAUUUCGUGACGCCCAAGCUGGGCCCGUACUGCAAACUGAUGGAGGGAGACAAGGAUAAAAUGGAGAGUCUAAUCAGCAAAGUAAAGAAAAAAUUUGGACAUAAGAUGCAAAUUGUGAACCUAAAGAUGGACGUAAAGAUGCCCCUUUUCGAGAUUUUCUUACAAGCCAACAUACACACUCAAAUAAAAAUUUUUUACGCGAGAGGGAGGACUCUACAGUAUAGACUACCAUCCCCUUUUUGGACUAAGUGUAAAAUACUAAAGGAGAAUAAGCUGUUGCAGGAGAAGUACGGAGGAGAGUGUGCACCUGGAUUAUUUCCUCGUUACGAUGAAUACACCAUGAUGGAGAUGAUGACCGAGUGUGUUUUUAAUGACAGGUACAACUAUUAUGUGUAUGAUGUGAAUCUCGAAUGGGAGAAUCUGUGUGCACUUACUCCGGAGAAUAAGGAACUUCGAAAGAUGGUUCACCAGAACGUGCACGUGCCUACUCGCCUGGCGGUUAUCAAGGCCUUCGAGGAGGGCAUCGAGGACUUCAGAGACGUCAUCCACGAGGAACACCUCAUUAUGCUCC